AUGCAUGAAGCUGCUAGCAGUGCUGGUGGUGUAAUCUACAGGAGACUCUUUGGCGAGUUAGAAGAUAGGUUGAGUGCUGGUACUGGCCCCCUUUACUUCUUAACUGGCCGUAGAAAUGGUAUAUAUAUAUGGGCUGCCAAAUUCAGCCGCUCUUCAAAACAAGCAGAUGCAUCUCUUAUGAAUUCCAAAUCUAAAUGGCCUGUUGUGGUUCUUGAAAUUGGCAUUAGUGAGACCACAAGAAAGCUCUAUAAAGAUGCGGAACGAUGGUUGGAAGGUAGCAAUAGUCAAACCAAACUUGUGAUACUUGCUGAUGUUCAAGAGACACCGAAAUGGGAAACUUCGAAUAACAAGUGGGAGCUAUCUGAGGUUGACUUUCGUGAAACCAGUCACGACAGGCUCUCUGAUCAUAUACUCCAUCCUAGACGAGGCCCCGUUUUCAUUAGGCAACUCCUCCCGGAUUAUCAGUACUGUGCCCAGCUGACGAUCCCCCCGGCCACACCUACUGACUACAACCACAAUCUCAUCCACGACAGCCAAUGGACAAGCAACCAGCGCGGGGUCGAAUGGCGAACCCUCCCCGUUGCCAAUUCAGAUUUUUAUACCUGGAACCCAGCGCUGAAUGAUGACUGUCCCAGUCUAUACCCGGGUUACUAUGUUUGCGUGGGCAUCAUCACCAUCACUACCACCACUAUUAGUACUACAAGUGCAGGACAAACACCCACCCCAGCCCAAACCGGGAUGGUCUCCGGUUGUACGGACUUCUACUUGGUGAAUACAAAUGACGGAUGCUAUGAUAUUGCCGCUGCAGAGGAAUCACCCUGGCCCGAGUUGUAUGCCUGGAAUCCAGCCCUAAAUGGGGACUGUUCUGGUCUCUGGUUGAACUAUUAUACAUCUAUAUGGAACAGUACUCUGAGUCAAUAA